UUUAACAGCGCGACAUCAAACGUUUAAGAUUCACGUCCAAAAAAUAUAUUAUUUUCAUCGGUGAUACUAGACACGUCCGAUGUUAUAUCACAUACGCCGGGAGUGCCGGACAUGGCGGUCAGUUUUAAUGUGCAUCUUAUUUUUUUAAUAUUUUUUAUUUUUUAUCAAACACUAUAUGUACAAGGACAAAAUAAAACAUUGAAGGACCUUUUCAAUAGUACUUCAUGUGCGAAGCCUCCGUACACGUGCCCCCAUCCACAAAUUGAAUUUUAUUUGUACACGAGAACUACUCAAAAAAAUCCAGUUCUCCUUGACGUUCUAAAUCGGCGAUCGUUGGAUUACACGAGUUUCGACCGGUCGCAUCCGACGAAAGUAAUUAUUCACGGAUUUGGAGGCGGAAGAAAUUUAGCACCGAGUACUGAUCUGAGGAAUGCGUAUUUCAAACGCGGGGAUUACAACAUAAUAAUCGUCGACUACGGUUCAUUGGUACGUGAGCCAUGUCUCUCGCAAAUGCAGUGGGGACCGGAUUUCUGUUCACAAUGUAUUGCUCAGUUAGUGAGAUACUUGAGGGAUCACCCGCGUGGGAUAUCAGUCGAGAGUAUCCACGUGCUGGGAUACAGCGUUGGUGCUCAUAUAGCCGGGCUGAUAGCCAAUCACUUGCCCGAUGACAAGUUGGGACGUAUUACUGGUCUCGAUCCCACGAUAUUUUUUUACAUGAACGGAAACCGUUCUCGGGAUCUGGACGAGUCCGAUGCCCUAUUUGUCGACAUCAUCCACACGGGAGCUGGGAUUUUGGGACAGUGGGGACCAAACGGGCACGCGGAUUUUUAUGUAAAUGGUGGUUCGAGUCAGCCUGGGUGUGCAACUGCUUCCAUUUUACAAACUCUAGCGUGCGAUCACACAAAAGUGACUCCAUAUUACAUCGAGUCAAUAACAACAAAGGCAGGAUUCUGGGCAGCGCCAUGUGCAAAUUUGUUUUCGUAUCUAACGGGAUGGUGCAGCCCAAAGGACGAAGAGUGGGUACUGAUGGGCGAGGAUACGCCACCCACCGCACGAGGAGUUUACUAUCUGUCAACAAACGCACACAAACCGUACGCCCGAGGACAUCCAGGAAAAAGGCAACUCCCGAAAAAUCGGAAGCAAUCGUCCUACCGCCAGUAUUAAGUCUGCUUAAGCAAUUAAUCAACAUUAUUAUAGAAUAAGUUAUUAUAUUAAUAAUUAAUUUUCAAUUUAUUUAUGAUUAUUAUUUUAUUUUUUAACUAGGGUUACUUUUUUAUACUGUAAUUUCUUAGUACUAAUAGUACUAGUAUUUUGUAGUGUACUAUAAAUCAUUUUUUUUAUUAAAGUAUAUCAUCAACUUA